AUACUCUGAUACACUUGUAACUUAGUUAUAUCCUUCUUAUAUAUAUAGUAUAUACUGUAUUUAGGAAAAGGAAUAAGCAGAAUUAAGCAAUCUAAAUAAAUUAUGAAUUCCCUUUCUUCUACUCCUCUUCAUAAUAAUCUUCGUUUGUUACUGCUCCGUUUCAUACUAUGUAUUGUGGUUUCAUGCAAAUUAACAAAUGGUAUUGUGAAAUUGCCACCAAAUGUUUCAGUUCCAGCAGUGUUGGUAUUUGGAGAUUCAAUCGUUGAUACUGGCAACAAUAACAACAACUUGAGAACAACAGCUCGUUGCAAUUUCCCACCUUAUGGGAAAGAUUUUGAAGGAGGGAUUCCAACCGGAAGAUUUAGCAAUGGAAAAGUUCCCUCGGACCUCCUAGUUGAAGAAUUAGGCAUUAAAGAGCUUCUUCCAGCAUACUUGGAUCCAAAUCUCCAGCCUACUGAUUUGCUUACCGGUGUGUGCUUUGCAUCCGGUGGUGCUGGAUAUGAUCCUUUGACAUCUCAAACAUCGGUAUGUACACAUUCAGCAAUAUCUUUAUCUGGUCAACUAGAGUUGUUCAAAGAAUACAUAGGAAAGUUAAGAGUACUUGUUGGAGAGGAAAGAACAAAUUUCAUCCUGGCAAAUAGUGUUUUCCUUGUGGUAUUUGGCACCAAUGACAUAUCCAACUCAUACUUCUUAUCUCGUAUCAGACAAGUUCAGUAUGAUUUUUCUUCUUAUGCUGAUUUUAUGGUCAACUCAGCAUCUAAUUUCUUAAAGGAAAUAUAUGAAUUAGGUGCAAGGAGGAUUGGAGUAUUCAAUACACCACCAAUUGGGUGUUUGCCAUUUCAGAGAACAGCAGCUGGAGGAAUAGAAAGAAAAAUUGUAGUGCAAUACAAUGAAGCAGUAGAAUUAUACAACACCAAAUUGUCAAAGGGGUUAACUUCUGUUAAUCAGAACUACCCAGACAGCAAAAUUGUUUACAUUGAUGUCUACAACCCUCUGCUUGACAUCAUUGUAAACUCUAAUAAAUAUGGAUAUAAAGUGGAAGAUAGAGGGUGCUGUGGUACGGGCAUAAUAGAGGUGGUGUUGUUAUGCAACCAUUUGGUUUCUACGUGUCCCAAUGAUUUGGAGUUUGUGUUUUGGGAUAGUUUUCAUCCAACUGAAAGUGUUUACAAACGCCUCAUAGCUCCUAUUGUGCAAAAAUACUUAAAAGAUUUCCUGUGAUAAUAAUUUGUUUUAUAUUGUUAAUCUGUAACUUUGUUCUUAAGACCAAAUAAUCAAUCUAUUAUGUGCUCCAUCAUAA